AUGGCUUCCUACCAGUCCCAAGCAGCAUCCACAACAAUUACGAAUCGGCAACUAGUCCUGCAGGUGGAAGAAAUGCUCAACAACUUCACCAUCAAGGACACCGCAACCAACAAGACGUUCAUGCGUUCCAAGGCCAAGAAACUGUCAAUGAGGGGCCGCAUGAAGGUCUACGAUGGGAAUAACAACCUGCUGUUUGACAUUAUCCAAAAACCUUUCCGCAUGCGUCCUACCUUCUCCAUUCGGGGACAAGACAAGGGGGAGAUCAUGAGGGUGAAGUUUGGCGCCAUGAGCAUCAGCCGUACGGCCCACGCAAAGUUCACUACCGCGGAAGGCCAGCCCGUGAAGCUCACCAUGAAGAGCAGCCUGGUGGGUGGCAUGUCGGCCGAGAUCGUUCAAGAACCCUCGAAAAGACCGGUCGCCCACAUCAAGCGCAAGAUGAUCGGCAGCGGGAAGACGCUACUGAGAACGGCCCUGGGCCAGGAUACGUACCAUGUGACGGUACAGCCCGGGGUCGACGCGGCUCUGAUUGUGGCCAUGUGCAUCUGCUGGGAUACAAAGAAAGAACAGCAGCAGCGGCGGUGA